ACUGUCUACGGAGAACGGAUGCUGAGAAGGGGAAAAUAGUGUGUUACCCACGUUACGUCACGUGCUUAGAACUUCUGCGAUGACGUCUAUAGCAGCUAACAUGUCUGCUCCCAUAGUUCAGCUUGCACAUGCCGCCUUCUCUGUAAAUCGCUGUCCUAACUGUGUGAGUUGGAGCCGGACUGGAAUACUCGCAUGUGCGACGUGUCAUUCUAUUGCAUUAUAUGACCCUCAGAAAAAUGUUGUGAUAUCCACACUAAAUGGUCAUACCGGAAGAGUAAACUGUGUGCACUGGGUUCAGAAGAAUGACUGUAGUGCUGAGACAGAACUGGUAUCUGGUGGAUCUGAUAAGAAGGUGAUCAUAUGGGCGAUAGAAAAAAAUAAGUGUGAGCAACCUGUUGCAGCUGAAGGUCAUACAGAAGUAGUAAAUGCUGUCCAUGCUGUCUAUACGCAAAGAUCUGAGAAUGAACUUCUCAUUGUUUCAGCGGCAUCAGACUGCACUGUUCGACUGUGGUUAAGAAGAAAUGUAAAAACUGAAUGCCUUCAGACAUUAUCUUUUGGAAAGGGAUUUGUGUUGGAUGUCUGCAUAUCUUUUCUUCCUGGAAGUUUAGUGCCAGUUUUAGCUUGUGGGGCAGAUGAUAGCCGAAUCCAUUUGUAUGUAUUACAGAAUGAGCAGUUUGAAAAAACACAAGUACUUCAUGGACAUGAAGACUGGAUAAGAGGAGUCGAAUGGGCUGUUACUGGUCAGAACCUUUUCCUUGCAAGCUGUGCACAGGAUUGCCUUAUUCGCAUAUGGAAGAUAUUUAGGAAAACAGCAAAAGAGAAUUCCAAAACUGAAGAUGAAAACAGCAUCAAGCUCAAGGAGAACAUAUUCAAAGUAAAAGAAAAAGACACGGAAACUAGUUAUGCUGUUACAUUGGAGACCGUUUUGACCGGUCAUGAGAAUUCUAUUUAUGCUGUUCACUGGCAGCCUUCUUUUUCGAGAGAUGGCAGCAUUGUACAGCCAAUGAGUUUACUGUCUGCUUCUAUGGACAAAACCAUGAUCUUGUGGGAGCCAGAUGAGGAAUCUGGAGUCUGGUUAGAGCAGGUCCGUGUAGGAGAAGUUGGAGGAAACACACUGGGAUUCCUCGGCUGCCAGUUCAGCCCAGACAAGUCUAUGAUCCUUGCUCAUGCUUUUCAUGGAGCCCUGCAUUUGUGGAGUCGUGCUCCUAACAAACAGAAUGAAUGGAUUCCUAUGGUAAUCAUUUCUGGACACUUUGACAGUGUCCAGGACAUGAGGUGGGAUCCUGAUGGUCAGUUUGUAAUAACAGUAAGCGCUGAUCAAACAACAAGACUUUUUGGACCAUGGAAGAAAAAAGGACAGUCUCAUGUAACGUGGCAUGAAAUUGCAAGGCCUCAGAUACAUGGAUAUGACAUGCAAUGUCUUGCUAUGAUUGGCAGAUUUCAGUUUGUUUCUGGAGCUGAUGAAAAAGUUCUAAGAGUUUUUGCAGCACCACGUAACUUCAUUGAAAAUUUCAGCAACAUUUCUUGCAUAUCUGUAGAGAAGUUGCUUUUAAACGAAGACACCAAUCUUCCAGAAGGUGCUACUGUGCCAGCUUUGGGUUUGUCGAAUAAAGCAGUCUUUCAUGGAGAAAUUCUUAUCCAAUCAACUCAAGAAGAAGGAAAGUAUAACAGUGUUUCUGAGCAGUACUCCCAGCCAAAUUUUCAACCUCUUAACCUUACAGAACCUCCAACAGAAGAUCAUCUUUUACAGAAUACACUUUGGCCAGAAGUUCAAAAGCUGUAUGGGCAUGGCUAUGAAAUUUUUGCUGUGGCUUGUAACAGUGCAAAAACUGUUAUUGCUUCAGCAUGUAAGGCUUCCAAAAGAGAACAUGCAGCAAUUAUUUUGUGGAGCACUACAAGCUGGAAGCAGUUACAAAGCUUGUCUUAUCACAACUUGACUGUUACUCAGAUGGCAUUUUCUCCUGAUGAUGAAUUCUUAUUAGUAGUUUCCAGAGAUAGAAACUGGUCCCUGUGGAAGAAGCAAGAGGGCAUUCCAGAACAGACAGCAGAACCAACAUUCACUUUAUAUGCUUCAACUGACAAGAAUUCAUGUGUACAUAGCAGAAUUAUUUGGGCUUGUGACUGGACUCCAGAUAGCAAGUACUUUGUCACAGGAAGCAGAGAUAAAAAGGUUAUUGUUUGGGGUGACUGUAGCUUGCCAUCUAUGAAUGAAGAGAAAAGCUCUGCACUUAUCAGGCCUUGUUCUAGCCUUCUAGAUACAGGAGACUCCAUCACAGCUGUUAGUGUCAGUCAAGUACUUGCGCUGGAUGGAAGCUACAUUAUAGCUGUUGGUCUGGAUUGUGGAAUAAUUCAACUGUACAAAUGGAAACACAGUGGAACAGUGAAUGACUGGUUAAAAUGUUUGGCGAUGGACCAGAGUCUUCUUAGUCACACCCUGACUGUGAAGCAGCUUUGUUGGAGAAGUUGCUUGGGCCGUGCAGGACAUGACGACAGAGAUAAUGGAGACUGGAUACAGUUGGCAAGCUGUGGGGCUGACCACUGUGUUAAGAUAUUUGAUGUUUACAGAAAAGCACUAUGAUGAAUUCCAAGCAGAUAAUGUAUUUUACAUAUGAGAGAUCAGUACCUUUACUGGCCCCCCAACAUGCCUGCAAAUGGAAUGAAUGCCAUUGAAUCACCAAAAAUUAUUUUAUAAUUUUCCCACAUGGACAGUGAGAACCAUAUAGUGACAUACGGGUCCUAAAAGGUGAAAAAUAGUUUGUGAAUAACAUCUGCUGCCAUUCUUUGCAUUUUGAAAAACACAUAAACAUUACAUCUGAAAAUGUAUAACAUAAAGCAUGUCUCUAAUUUAGUUUUAUUUAUUUUGAAUGCUGAAUAAAAAAAAAUAUUUCAUGUGGGGAAAAAAUCUGAAAUGUUUCUGUACACUUUUUUUAAUAAAGGAAAAUAGAAAUGCGUUUAA